GCCUUUGAACGAUCAGCGACGACGGCGUUACUUUUGGCGCGGAUACAGCAGCGAAGCGACACUUUUCCGUUGGCCCUCGCAGGCGCCUCCUGUCUCAGAAACAGAAACAUAAACAUAAACAGAAACCGAAGCGGACAGAGCGACACAAAACAACAAACAAAAACAAGCCUAAUCCGAGCAUAAACAAGCCUAAACAAGCAGAAACAAGCAACCCGUGGACAGGCGACACCGGUGGCCCCCCCGUGAAUUUUUUGGUUCGACAUUCCUUUGAUUUUUGAUCGCUUACAAUUUAUUUUUUUUUGCCUGUGUUCCUUUCAACGAGAAAUAAAAACCGAAAAUCUAAUUAAAUCAAUAAAUAUAAAGCAAAUAAAUUAAGCAACGAAACAACGCAACGAAAAAAGCAAAAACGAAGCAUCCAGUGACAAUAAAAGCAGAAAAAAAGACCCAGCCGACGGCCUAGCUAAAGAAAUUUUAAUCAAAUAAAACAUAACUAAAAUAAAUCAAAAUAAAAACCAAAAUAGUGCCGACGGCCCAAAAGAUACAGAUACAGUUACAGUCACAGAUACGGAUACAUCUGAAGCGCCUGCUGCUGGGACUUAAUCCUUUUUUGUUUUUUUCUGUGUGCGUAUGUGUGUGCCGUGCCGCGCUUGUGUGCCUGCCAAUCCAUGUCCCCCUCUCUGUUUCUCCCCCAACCACCAACCAGUGCGAGUGUCCUGCGACAACAACAACAAGUCCAAACUAUUUGAAUAAAAUUUUACAAACAAAAUAAAAAAUAUAUAAAAAAAAACAGAGCAAAGACACCACCAUUGUGCGCCUCAAGUUGACAGCACCGCAAGCGAUAACUGCAACGGCCGCAGCAGCAGAAGCAGCAGCAACAGCCACAUCCGCAACAACGAUGCUCACGGACAUGACACCGACGGCCGGCCAGCUCUACGGCUCCCAGAUCCCUGCCAUGGGCAUGAAUAUCUCGAACAUCGCCACACAUUUGCAGAAGCCACAAGUUAAUCCGGACCAUCCGAGCCUGAGAGGCACCCCCUUGGCCAUGCUGGCCGCCCAGUGCAACAAGCUCUCCAACAAAUCCCCGCCACCGCUGGCCGAUGCCGCCGUGGGCAAGGGCUUCCAUCCGUGGAAGAAGAGUCCCAACUCACCGGCGGCGGGCAGCAGCGGCGGCUCCUCUGGCGGCGGUGGUGGUGGUGGCGGCGGCAGCAGCGUUGGCCAGCAUUCACCUUGCGCUAUCUCGGCGGCCAGCUCUUCGAGCUCCAGUGGCAGCACCAGCGGCGGCGGUGGUCAGUCGUCCAGGAGUUUGUCCUCCAGUGCCAGUACCAUGGUGAACAUCACAGCUAGUCGCCCCCUGGCCUCCUCCUGCGCGGCGGUGGGCGGAGGAUCCACCGGCAGCUCCUCCUCCGCCUCCGCCGGUUCGCAGUCGUCCGCCUCGGCAGCGGCGGCAGCGGCCGCUUACGGCGGAGACUUGUACUUCCCAAACACCUCGACCUCGACCACAAUGGAUAACCACCACAUGCACCAGGGCCUUCUUGGCAAGGUGGAGGCCGGUGCGGCUGCCUUUGGCGGCGUCUAUUCGCGCCAUCCCUAUGAUUGGCCCUUCAAUGCUGUCACCCACAAGGAGGCAGCGGCGGCCAGCGUGAACUCUGGAUGGUGGGACAUGCACAGUGCCGCCGGCUCCUGGCUGGACAUGGGCGGUGCCGGGAUGCAUUCCACGAUGGCUAACUAUGCCAGCGAGAACUACAGCUCGGCGCUGAGCCACUCCCUGCUUGGAUCUGGCCAACAUCUGCUCCAGGACACGUACAAGAGCAUGCUACCCGGCCAGGGUGUGGGCGUCGGUGUCGGCAUGGGCGUGGGUGUCGGCGGUGGCCUGGGUGGCGGUCUCGGUGGCUUCUCGCUGCCGCAUAGCUCACCAUCGGCUGCAGCGGCAGCGGCGGCCACAGCGGCAGCAGCGGCUGGUGGAUCACCACAGGGUGGAUCACCAUCGACGCCGUCGCCAAGGUCACAGCGAAGGUAUGCGGGCAGGGCGACCUGCGAUUGCCCCAAUUGCCAGGAGGCGGAACGUUUAGGGCCGGCCGGUGUACAUUUGCGAAAGAAGAACAUCCAUUCGUGCCACAUACCCGGUUGCGGCAAGGUGUACGGCAAGACGUCCCAUCUGAAGGCUCACCUGCGGUGGCACACCGGCGAGCGUCCCUUCGUGUGCAACUGGCUGUUCUGCGGCAAGCGCUUCACGCGCUCCGACGAGCUGCAGCGCCACCUGCGGACGCACACCGGCGAGAAGCGCUUCGCUUGCCCCGUGUGCAACAAGCGCUUCAUGCGCAGCGACCACCUGGCCAAGCACGUGAAGACGCACAAUGGCACGGCUAAUCACCAGGCCAACGGUCUGAAGAAGGGCUCCUCGGAGUCGUGCAGCGAUUCCGAGGAGGCCGCCAACCAGUCGGGCGAGUCCAACGGGCUGGGCGGCGUGGGCAGUGGCCCUCAGACGGGCGGGGCCGGCGGCGGCGGGGGUGGCGUUGGCUCCACUGGACCGGUAACGGGACCCACCUCAUCCACAACCACUGGCCCCUCCGGUCCCGGCUCUAGCUCUAGCUCCGGCUCGAGCGGCGGGGCCGGUGGCGGUUCUGGUGGUGGCGGUGGUGGGGGUUCCGGUUCCGGUUCCGGAUCCGGCAGCCAUCCCGGCACCCCGACCUCGCUGCACGCGCACAGCGCCAAUGGCACGUCCAGCAGCCUGCUGGGCGGCGGUCUGCACCUGGCCACGCCGCACCAGAUGGUCGCCGCGGGCGGUUCGCCGGUGAUGCUUCACCAGCAGCAGCAACAGCACCUUCAGCAGCAGCAGCAGCAGCAUCAUCAACAGCAGCAGCAACACCAACAGCAGCAGCAGCAGCAACACCAGCAACAGCAGCAACAUCACCAACAGCAGCAGCAGCAACAUCACCAGCAAUUUGGCCAGCAGCAGCAUCCCCACGCCCAUCACCUGCACCACCACUCGCACCAUCCGCACCACCUGGCCGGUGGAUCGCCAGGACUUGAUCCCAGUUCCCUGGUGGAUAUAAAGCCGCCCAUGGUUUGAGGGUCGCUGGGACCCUUCCUAUUCACCAACUGAGCGGGAUUGGGUUCCAAAUAAUUGAACAAAAAAAAUACAACAUUAAAUAUAGCACACACCACAUAGGGAGUUUAUAUAUAUCACAAACACACACAUACACACAACACACACACACAGCUAUGUGUAGAGUUUUUGGCGGUUGUACAUAUAGCCAGCCGAUGCAGAUGUCUGUACAUAAUUCAAGGCCCCGCUCUAUGUGUCUAAAGAAAAAAUAACCACAGUAUACAUAUUGCUUGUAGCUUAUGGUAGCCUAAGCCAUCGUAAAACCUAGAUCGAUCCAAUUUUUUUUAUGCAUUUUUUUUUUUAAACUAGCCCUAUGGAUAUGUAAUUUUUUUCAUAGGUCCUAAGAGUAAAUAUAUAUAUAUUAUAAAUCGUAUAUCGUACGACAUUAACCAACAGACAAGCUUCGAGCACCACAACUCUAACUAUUUGUUGAACAAUUAUGCAAUUCUAAAGAAAAAAAGGAAACUUAAAUAUUUGAAUAUAUAUAUGUAUUUUAUAUAUGAUAAUGAGAAAGCUUAAAAUGAGAGGGGGGAUAUAAAAACAAAAAAACAUCAUAAAUAUAUUUCUAGUCCAAUUAUAAAAGUGUGAGCGAACCAAAAUUGUAAAAAGCUAAAAUGAUCAUUGAAAAGGUAACCGGAAAGAGGGGCCUCUGGUACUCCUGUAAAUUUAGCGUAUAUAUGUAUAUGUAUGUAUGUCCCCGGCACAUUUAUUUCCGCUAAAAACUAACCCACUGAGACGACGAGGAGAGGAGAGGAGAACGAGGAGCAGCUCGAGGAGGAAGGACCUUAGACGCUAGUGCUUUAACCCAAUCUAACUUAAAUCCCAAAUCUAAAAUAAAUGUGUUUUGUUGUUUUAUUUGAAACUAGGCUUAGAGCAGAUACUUAGAUACUUAGCACACCCACAGCACACACACACCCACACACAUACACACACACACACACAAUUGAAGCAACAACCGACAACGGCUGACAAAAUCAACGACAACUGGUGUUAUAUAUAUUUAUAAAAAAUAUAUAUUUACGGCUUGGCAAGUUCUCGGUUUGCUAGCCGCAUCAGCAAUUUAUCAUCUUCGAUUACUACUACUUUUUUUUUGUCUAUGUAAAUUAAUUAUUUAAAAUACGAAUAAACUAUUUAAAUUUCAUUCAAAAUAAA